CGCCAGAAAGCGGUCACCUGACUCAGGCUCGGAGGCGCGAUGGCGGCGCCCAUACUGCGAUGCGCCCGUCCUGGACGGUGUUGGUCCUUGGACUACCGGCCCCGCCGCUCGAGAGCGCUUUUCGCCGAGCCCGUGCCGGGCCGGGUGAGAGGGCAGAGCUCCGCAGCGGCACAGGAGCCGAGGCCGGGUGCACAUGAGUGGGCAGCUGUGGUGGGCCUGGAAAUUCAUGCCCAGAUCUCUUCCAAUUCAAAACUUUUCUCCGGAUCUCAAGUUACCUUUUUAGCACCCCCUAAUUCAUUGGUUUCUUUUUUUGAUGCUUCGCUCCCUGGAACAUUGCCAGUUCUCAACAGGAGAUGUGUCGAGGCAGCCGUGAUGACAGGCCUGGCUCUGAACUGCACUGUAAACAAGAAGUCUUUGUUUGACAGAAAGCACUACUUCUACGCAGAUCUUCCCGCUGGAUACCAGAUCACCCAACAAAGGCUUCCCAUCGCCGUGAACGGGAGCUUGACAUACAGCCUUGGUGUGGGAGCCCAAUGGAGUCCAUCAGCCACCAAAACGGUGAGAAUCAAGCAGAUCCAGCUGGAGCAAGACAGCGGCAAGAGCCUUCACGAUGACACGAGGUCCCAGACGCUCAUUGAUCUGAACCGGGCAGGAGUUGGCCUUAUGGAGGUUGUCAUGGAACCCGAUAUGUCCUGUGGGAAUGAGGCAGCAACAGCCGUCAGAGAGCUUCAGUUGAUUCUUCGGGCCCUGGGGACCAGCCAAGCAAAUAUGGCAGAGGGCCAGCUGAGAGUGGACGCUAACGUAUCUGUGCAUCAUCCUGGGGAGCCUUUGGGAGUUAGGACCGAAGUGAAGAAUCUCAACAGCAUAAGAUUCUUGGCCAAAGCAAUAGACUAUGAAAUUCAGAGACAGAUUGAAGAACUUCAGAAUGGAGGCAAAAUUCUGAAUGAAACACGAGCAUUUGAUGAGAAACUUGGGUGCACCGUGUCCAUGAGGGAUAAAGAAGGAAAGCAGGACUACCGGUUCAUGCCAGAACCCAAUCUUCCCCCAUUGAUCCUGUAUGAUGCUGAGUCCCUGCCUGUGGCUGCAGACCCCCAGCAAGUGGUAAAUAUCGACUGGAUUCGAGAGAGACUUCCCGAGCUCCCCAGCGUGACCAGAGGGAGGCUUGUUGAACAGUAUGGGAUUCUGCCUGAACACAGCUUCGUCCUGUUGAAUGAGGAUGGACUAUUGGAGUUCUUCCAAACUGUGAUGAAAGAAACUAGGGCAGAACCAAAAAAAGUGAUUGGUUGGAUUCUUACCAUUUUCCUGGGUUAUUUAAAGCAGCGGAACCUUGCUGUCAGUGAGAGUCCACUCUCACCUUCUUCACUGGCCGAGCUCCUCAACCUUCUGGACAGCAAAGUCAUCUCUCUGCCCGCAGCUAAACAAGUUUUUGAGGAGUUGUGGCAAAACCAAGGGAAGACUCCAGGCCAGAUCAUUCGAGAGAAGAAACUUGAACUGCUGCAAAACCAAGAGGAGCUGGAAGAGAUAUGCCAGGCAGUGCUGGCCAAGCAUCCUCAGCAGGUCAUGGCAGUGAAGAAUGGAAACCAGAAAGUCGUGAAUAAACUGAUCGGGAUAGUCCGAAGGGCAACGGGAGGACGAGCAGACCCAGGCAGGAUAAAGCAGAUCCUGGAGAAGCAGCUGCAGUGAGCAGCUCUGGGGCUGGCUCCCUUUGGCUGGAACAUGAAGAAGGCAAACCAGCAUAGACUGUGUCUGGGCCCCUUCCCUAGGACCUCACGGCCACAGGCUCUGAUCUCAGGGUCUCAUUUUCUCCUGAGCCAAGCAGGAACCCACCAUGCUCACCCCAGAUCAGCAGCAUGCCAUCCUGACUUUACAAAAUGUCUUUCACUGGGUUCCACUCCCCAGACCGAGAUUACCAGGAAUUCUCCAUAGGAGAACAGAAGGUCUUGCUCCCGUGUUUGUUUCUAUGCCAGUGGGAGCUUAGGGGGUUUCAGUAAGAAAUGUAGCAGCAGCCUGAAGUCGCAGAUUCUAGAAUUCCGAAAUAAAUAAAUCAGGCUCGAUGAUUUCAAAGGAUGUACCAGCUUUUCUCUUUAGAGGGAAACAAAAAAAAAGGUAAAUCCCGUAAUUCAAGCACUAUAUUUUUAGCACUACAAAUUGGUUGGUUCAGGCAAAAGGAACUGCAGUAUCUGCACACAAGAUUGUGGUGGGAGGUGCGGGGGCAGGGAAACAAUGGUAUCGCCCCUACCUGCUCAUCACCCGAUUAAUAAGGAUGCUUUGGUUUUUGGCCCUUGAGGAUAUGAGGGACCUAGAGCUUUGGACACAAGGUCUAACUGAGAUCAUAUUAAAAAAAAAACAAAGGCAAAUAGAUGUUUUCAAAUAUUUUAAUGAAUAAAAUAUAUACCCAUACUUCACAUAAAAAAAUUAACUUACAAUUCAAAUAUUGUGCAGAUGACCCGAAAAAGCUGUAACAUUAGGUUGACUUGUUUUAUCCAGAAAGCAUAAUACUCUAACUUAGCAAAUAGAGACCUUGACCUUUAAAAAUAAUCAUCAUGCACUUAAUGUGACAUCCAAAUGAAGGUGGCCUUGCUUUUUAUUCAUGUCCUGUGACUCGUCACACCGUUUUGUCCACGAUGCACAGUAGGCCUCUGUAGUGUCUGACUCAGAGCUGGCUAUUAAAGAACAGUUUGGUUUUUUGUUUUCUUUUGUUUUGCUUUUAAAUCACAUGGGACAAAAACAAGAAAGUAAAAUCUUGCAGUGGCCCUAGCUUGAUACAAAAUGUCAUCAGCCGUUAAUAAAAACAAAAUGCAUAAAAGAUA